AUGCAGCCUUUCCAAUCGACGACGCGCCCCGAGGGCCCCCGCGAAUCGUCCCCGGAGAGGGCGAAGUCCCCGGACACGCCGACGGCGCCCGUGCUCAACUUCUCGAUCGCGCGGCUCAUGGAACCGGAUCGGAAGAAGUCGGUCUCACCGGAACCGUUGCCGCAGCCGAACUUUUUAUCGUACGGAGCGCAUUUGCUGGAUUCGGCGUUCAAACAGUACAUACCUGCAGCGAGACGGCAACUGGUAUCACAUUACCCUCUCCUAUAUUAUGGGCCGGACCUCGUCUCCCUAACGUAUGCCCAUCAGCUGCAUUUACCUCGGCCGCCGCCGGUUCAGUCGCCCGUACAAAGACCCCCAAGUCCGCGGGCACCGGCUGCUGACCAUGCAGUGUCAUCGACGACUGGUCCGACACCAUCACCUGCGAAGAACAAGAGCUUCGCGUGUGGAGACUGCGGCAAGGUCUUUAACGCUCACUACAAUCUCACCAGGCAUAUGCCAGUCCACACGGGAGCUAGACCCUUCGUCUGUAAGAUAUGUGGCAAAGGCUUCAGACAAGCGUCAACACUGUGCCGACAUAAAAUCAUCCACACGUCCGAGAAGCCCCACAAAUGCAUGACCUGCGGUAAGGCGUUCAACCGCUCUUCAACCCUGAACACCCACGCCAGAAUACAUGCUGGCUAUAAGCCGUUCGUCUGCGAGUUCUGCGGCAAGGGCUUCCACCAGAAGGGCAAUUAUAAGAACCAUAGGUUGACCCACAGCGGUGAGAAGGCGUACAAAUGCAACAUUUGCAACAAGGCAUUCCACCAGAUCUACAAUCUGACCUUCCACAUGCACACCCAUAAUGAGAGGAAACCGUUCACUUGUAACAUAUGCGCGAAAGGUUUUUGCAGGAAUUUCGACCUCAAGAAACAUACGAGGAAAUUGCACAUGGGCGCUGGUAGCUCCAACAACGAGUCGUCUCUGGAUACUCAAGACGAGUCAACGCAAGAGGCGACCACGAGCGCCGGAGAGGAGAGCGGGAGGGCUGCGUUCAGACCGUUUCUGGGUUCGUCCUACCCUCGUAUCCUAGAUCCAGCGCGCAUGACUGCGCCUAACGCGUUUUUCUCAAAGCUUUUGUGA